AUGGCAGAAGCAUUUUCCGUAACUGGAGAAGCUUUCCGAGCUACUGCAUCGGUCACUGGAAGAAAAAUUGUGAUCACCAUUGGCACUGACAAUGUAGAAGUGGCAAAAGAAGUGUGCAAAACAGUCACUAAACUAGGCCUAGGUCUAGGCGCUCUGUAUGCUGGUUAUAGUUUGUUAAAACCAUUAAUAGAUGCUGCAGUUACAAAAGCUCUGGGUGGUAAACGCGAUGAUCAGGACGCUCGUGACAUUCGACCAGGAUGUUUGCAUGUUGAGUUACAUUGUUUCACAGACGAAAGGUUUCUGGAAGUCUUGGCGGAUUACGAAUCAGGAAGGAUGAAGGAACGCUUGCAGGAAGAAUUUUCUCUGGUUGGAAUUAAAGUGGAAGGACUGAAGGUGAAGAUUGACAACAUGGAGGAGGUGAAAGUAACAAAGAAAGCGAUUGAAAAGAGAUGCAUUGAUGAAAAGGGUUUUUCGUUCAGAAAGGAAAAUGUUGAAAUAUGUGCUACUGAGAGUGGUCUAUGGGCGGGGGAGUAUGCCGAGCGCCGAAAAUAUCCUGCAAAAACUGCAUACGAUUCGUCCGGUAUUGGAAUCUUGCCACCACAGAUAAAAGACUACAAAUCGGCAUUGGAUCUGAUAGGAACACGACUGUAUGGAAAACCAAGUGAUCAGAAUCUUUCCGGUUUUGAAAGCACGCAUCCUGACGUAAGCGAUUUCGGUCAGGCAUUAGAGUCGACAGAAAAAGACUUUCAAGUGAAACUAAAGCUUAUUGGAGACGAUCCUGCAGCAACAGCUGACAGUUAUCACAACAUUGGAAUCUCGCGACACGAGAUGAAAGAUUACAAGUCAGCGUUGUGGUUACAACGAAAAGCGCUUGAAAUCAGAUUGAAGUUGUAUGGAGAAGAUCAUCCUUACAUGGCUCAAAGUUUUCGAGAAAUUGGCAACACACAAUAUGAGAUGAAAGAUUACAAAUCAGCAUUAGAAUCGCAUCAACGGGCUUAUGAAAUCAAUUUAAACCUGCAUAGAGAAUAUCAUCCCGAGACUGCUGAAAGCUGCGACACCAUUGGAAUUCUACAACAUGAAUUGAAGAAUUACAAAUUAGCCUUAGAGUGGAAGCAAAAAGCUCUCAAUAUUAGAUUAAAACUAUACGGAGAAGAUCAUUCACACGUAGCUAAGAGUUAUAAUAACAUCGGAAUCACACAACACGCGCUGAAGGAUUACAAGUCAGCACUUAGUUCACAUCAAAAUGCACUUCAAAUCAGAUUUAAGCUACAUGGGGAAGAUCAUCCUGAUACCGCUCAAAGUUAUCACGGCAUCGGAAUCAUACAACAAGAGUUGAGAGAUUUCAAUGGCGUCCCCUGA